AUGAGUCGCCAUGGCCACCGCCAUUCUCGAUUUGCAAGGCUUGUCGAAAAGCACCAACACGAGGCAGUCGAGGAUAGUGAAGGAGACGAUACAGAUGAUAGCGAACCCAAUAUUCUCCGAGACGCUGAAACAAACCAGAAGAUCAUGCAAGCCCUGGUAGACCCACUUUUGACCGAAAUUUGUGACCAAACUCACAAUACGACAUGUCCCCAUGAUGUACCAGCUGAAGACGAGGCGCAGCUUUUGAAACGGGAAGAAGCGGAUUCCACCCAGGGCGUGGCGGCUGACUCUGUUCAGACCGUUGUGCAAGUGGUCGAUGCAAACUCCCAGACUCUCUCUGCGUCCGUUGGCGCCGAUUCUUCGAUGACAGUUUCUAGUUCCACAUCUGAUGCUGAUGUUCUUACAACUACGACCUUAAGUAUAACUUCGCUGGAAAAUUCGGUCGACUCAUCGCUUACCACCUCGCCGACAUCUUUCCCCGUGGCAACCUCUCCGGCUACACAAACCACCGCGCUCACUAGUAAAGUUGCUGCAGGCUCCCCGCCAAGGGCCUCCUCGCACACUUUCUUACCCACAACCUCGACACCUCUGGGCACCAUAUCAACCCCUACGUCGGGUAACAACUCGUCUGUUCAUAUACUUAUUGGUACUUUUUCAAACGCCACAUCCACCAUCAAUUAUAAUCCAACCCCCACAUCGACUCCAACUUCUAGUUCCAGCUCCUCUGGCGACUAUUAUUUAAUUUCCGGCACUCAUUCCUCGGAAACAAAUUUGUCUUCAGGUUCUGAGGAGACGAGUACCGCUAGCGGGACCGGGUCAGCACAAACCUCAAGCAACACGCAGAUCGCACCAGUAGCCAGUACGACCAAUGAUUCUACUACUAGUACCCCGCAAAUUGUGGGCGGUGUCGUUGGAGGCGUCGCGGGUCUGGCCGUGCUCUUUCUGUUCCUUUUGUUCUUAUACCGCCGACGAACUCAGAAGGGUGGUACAGCGACUCUCCCAUCUAGUGAUGCUGGAACGUCACGAGAGAUGGUGGAACACAAUUCAAAUCUGGAUCACAUGUAUCGGUCUUCAUACUUUGCGCCCGCAUUUAUGAAGCGCUGGCGGCAGUCAACCGCCACCACGGCCACGGAUACUACAUACGAUUCAAAUUCGAGUGAACGCGGAUUUCAAAAGAUCUCAGGACGUAAGAUUCCUCCCGUCCUAACUCAUGGAGGCGAUGGUUAUGGCGGCGGUGUCAGUACAGAUGACGCCUCCAGCCUUCCUGACUUGUAUGGUCUCUCUCCAUUAUCACCAGCUGGAGGACCCCUCUCCUCCCCGGUACACAAUGGACCACCGCCCACUUCGCCAUAUGGAAUUCCCUUGGAUACCACCGUGACCCGAGAGGUAGACGAGCACCAAAUCAAAUUCAUAAGGAAUAAAGCUCAGAUUCCUCCAUCUGGCUCUGUCAACUCUAACUUUGCGAAUACUAUCACCCCAACUCAUUCUUAUCCCCAACCCCAGAGCGCACUACCCGACGGAUUGGGCCGCAGUCUCGCCAGUCAUGACGGAAGUCGUGGGAGUCGCUUCACGGAGAGUCUCGAUCUUUAA